ACGAUGAUCCCGCCGGGGGAGUGCCUGUAUGCGGGGAGGAAACGAAGGAAGCCCAUUCAGAAACAGAGGCCCGCCGUGGGCGCCGAGAGGUCGAACCCUUCCAAGAGACACCGGGAUCGCCUCAACGCCGAGCUGGACCGCCUAGCCGGCCUGCUGCCACUGCCCCCCGACAUCGUCUCUAAGCUGGACAAGCUUUCGGUUCUGCGCCUCAGCGUCAGUUACCUCCGGGUGAAGAGCUUCUUUCAAGUAACCCAGGAGUGAACCCUGCAGCAGCCGGCGGCCGGUGCCCCCUCACCAGAAGACAGGGAUCCGUGUGGAGGGUCUGCCGUGCUGGAGGGAAGGCUGCUGCUGGAGUCCCUCCACGGCUUUGCUCUGGUGGUAAGCGCGGAAGGGAUGAUAUUCUACGCGUCAGCAACGAUUGUGGACUAUCUGGGCUUCCACCAGACGGACGUGAUGCACCAAAAUAUUUACGACUACAUCCACGUGGACGACCGCCAGGACUUCUGCCGGCAGCUGCACUGGGCCAUGGACCCUCCCCAGGCUGGGUGUGGGCAGAACCUGCUCUCAGAGACAGGAGAGGAUGCCGUCCUGGGGAGGCUGCUCCGGGCCCAGGAGGGGGCCGCGGGCUGGCCCACCGAGUACUCGGCCUUCCUGACCCGAUGCUUCAUCUGCCGCGUGCGCUGCCUGCUGGACAGCACCUCGGGCUUCCUGACGAUGCAGUUUCAAGGGAAACUGAAAUUCCUGUUCGGGCAGAAGAGGAGGGCCCCGUCGGGAGCCGCCCUGCCCCCUCGGCUCUCCCUGUUCUGCGUCGUGGCGCCCCUGCCUGCUGCGGUGAAGAUGCAGAGUGUGUGUCUGAGGGCGAAACAGAGGGUGGACACCUCUGCCACGCCGGACACAAAAGCAAAAGCUGCCGCAAGUCUCUGUGAACCAGAAUUGCACGGAAAACCCAGUUACUUAGCAGGGAGGAGCAGCGGAGGAAACGGCCUGUCCGUGUUCAGGAGGCCCGCAGACGCCUGCCACUGGGGCCGGCUGGCAACCCGGGGCCCCUGCCUGUGCCUGCGGGGCGGCCACGACCUCCUCCACCCCCACCCCGAGGGGGCCGCAGGGGAUGGGCGAGGAGAGGAACUGGGGGGGCUGCCGAGGGGCCCCUCCUGCCCAAGGGAGCGGAGGGACAUCCCCCCGUACAGCUGCCACCUCGAGACACAGGGACCCUCGAAGCACCUGAACUGGACGCCGGGGAGACACGGUCAGGACGGCGGCACCAAGCUGAAGCUGGAGCCCGGCAAGGGUGACCCAUUCCCCGCCGUGCAGGCCCGUGGCGCCUGCCUGCCCUACCCGGGCACCCAGGGCACUGUCCACGCCGUCAGGAGUUCACCUGGCUCUCACCAGCCAAAGCCUCCCCCUGGGCCCUGCACCAGCCGGACCAGCAGAGCCUUGCGGGAUGGCCACCAGGGCCAGGCACCCCUUCCCACCAGCUGCCCCUUCCCUCAGGGGAGCCUGGAGGACGGGCUUCCUCGGCCGGGAGGGCAGCGUCUCCCCGCGGGGUGCUAUCCCACCGAGGACAAGCUUCGAGGCAUCCCAAUGCCCCCGGGAGCCCCAGGUAACCCCAUAUUGUCACUCGAUGUGCCCAUCAAGAUGGAGAGCGAAUCCGGGUCCGAGGAUGCGGCGGAUGGCUACUGUGUGUCCCCGAGCCAGGCGUGGCUGGCGGCCAGCGACGUGGCCAAGAGACAAAUGCACCUGAAGAUGGAGCCGGACUCCAGGCACCCCCUCUACAGCCCACCCCUGGGGCCCGGCCUGCUGGGGGCCCACCCCAGGCCCAGCAGGGAGCUGGCCCCGUUGCCCCCCGCACACUGCGCCUGCCUGGAGCCUCCGCCCCGCCUCUGUGCUGGGGGCCACCAACCCCCCAGCCUGGGCUGUGACUGCCAGGCUCCCGGGCCUGCGCCCGUAGUCAAGCUCGAGCCCCUGGACUCGCCCCCGUGGGCCGCUCACAGCCAGGGUGGGGCGCCCGGGAUGCUCCCCAGGAGUGCCUUGGCGACACGGAUGCCACCCAGAGACCCCGAGUGCACGUUCCUGCCGUAG